UUUUGUCUUGUGAAAAGCAUCUCAAAACGUAACGAGCGAAAGAAAGAACAAAUAAAAUCUGGAAUUGGGGGUUAGGGUUAGAAAAAAACAAAAAUGGAGGGAUGGGAUCCAAACACGAAAUCCACACUGACCCAGAUCCCGCUGUUAACAACGAAGGCAGGUCCAAGAGAUGGAGCUGCAUGGACAACGAGGCUGAAAGAGGAAUACAAGGCUUUGAUCGCCUAUACACAGAUGAACAAGUCAAACGAUAACGAUUGGUUUCGUAUCUCGGCAGCCAAUCCUGAAGGGACACGUUGGACUGGCAAGUGCUGGUACGUUCAUAAUCUCCUCAAGUACGAGUUUGAUCUUCAGUUUGAUAUUCCUGUUACCUACCCUUCUACCGCGCCUGAACUCGAGUUGCCUCAGCUUGAUGGAAAAACGCAGAAGAUGUAUAGAGGAGGGAAGAUUUGUCUGACGGUUCAUUUCAAGCCGCUCUGGGCUAAAAAUUGUCCUAGGUUUGGCAUAGCACAUGCACUUUGUUUGGGUCUUGCUCCAUGGCUUGCGGCCGAGGUCCCAGUCCUUGUGGAUUCUGGUAUGAUUAAGCACAAAGAUGAUGCAACCUCAACCAGUGAGUCUUAGUUAUUCAAUGAACCAUUCCAGCUGUAAAAGUAUCUAGUGCCAGAUUUCUUGACUUGGUCAUAGAGAAUAAGCAUUAAAUCAUAAAUGUACAACUUUGAGGAGUGUGAAAUCCAUCUGCUGAGAUUGCAAUUUCUAUUGGUUUGGAUGCAUAGACUUGAAUUUUGUAACUCUUAGUUUCAAAAUGCAGAUACAUAAUGAUAAUAUUCCCCAUUUAUGUCAA